AACCUGAGCUCAAAGCAGUUCCAGACCUUCAAUUCUCAGAGAGAAGUGAAGUUUUGAAGAUCUAAUGAUUUCAGAUUUGGAAGAUAACAAAUUUCAAGAGAAGUUAGAGCUGUGGCAGCAGCAUUUCCCCUGGAAAAGAUUACCCCGCCUCGACAGUUUUGAAUCACAAAUUCUGUAGGAGAAGUGAUGGUUUGUAGAUUCCACUUCAUGCAGCCUUCAAUGUGUUUGUCGCAAUUACUGAUCACAAAGUGAUUGUAACUUGGAUAGUAUACAUCCUCCAGGAAUUGGCUGGAGCUUUCGGACAGGAUGCGAUAUUUAGAGAAGAAAGGGAGGAGGGCAGGCCAUCUUCGGGAAAGGACUCAAGUGCUUCACAAUGCUCCAUACUCAAAUCAACAAGCGAUGGAAGAAGUGAGCGGAGACAAGGAAAACUGAUCGAAGAAACAGAAGAACCCGCAGAACGAUUUUUGAGAAGUUGGCCUAAUGACUUGAAUCCUAAUGCAUAGGUAAUUCCAACACUAUUUGGUUGCAUUUCAGAGGAACUUUCUCCACAACAUCGAUCAUGGCCGGCAAAUUUACCACUAGAUUAUAAUAUUUUAAUUGUAACAUGGUAAAUAACCAUUUUUAUUGAUGAAAUGGAUAUUAUCACUUUGAAAUCGUUUUUAUUUUUAUUUUUUUAAUUUUUUGAGGAAAUAUAAUUUUAUUAUUUAAAUAUAGAAUAUUUAUAAAAAAUGAUAGGCUAAAUAAUUAACAAAUAAUUAUAUUUAUAUCCGUAAAUAUUUAUGAGCAAAGGAAUUUAUUUAUUUUUGAAUUUUGACUGAUUCUGGUAUUUUUGGGUUUGAUAAUAUAUGGCUUCCAAAUCAUCAUGCAUAAUGAGAAGGGACGUUUCCAUUUUAGAUGGGAUCCUGCAUUCUCUCUGUUCUUACGGGUUUUCAGUUGCUAUGUCCAGUUGGCAGACGCUGCAACAGCAACAAACAGGCUAUUUCAUUGCCUUGUUUGCCCCAGGACAUCCCUGCCUUUGUUGUCUGGAAUCAUUUCUCGUCGAAAGAAAGUGGAGACCCUCUUCUCGGGGAGUGGGUCCUUCCCCUAAUUUGCUUUCUUUUCGAGAAACACUCGACACAAAGGUUGGCAAACCUUUGAACUUUUCAGAGCUCAAGAUAAUUGCUGCUUCAUAUUUGUGAUACUUGGGUCGCGAAGUUCGCAAUUUUGUUUGGUUGACAAUGUCUGAGGAGAAAAUUUAUGUUAUUCCAGAACAUGAGCCAACACCAAUGAUACCCGAGAGCGAUUUUGUACCAGUGACUCAGGAGAGUGAUUCUAUCUCACGGAUCACAAGGAGUAAUUCUGCGUCUGUGGUUCGUGAGAGUGAUCCUCCACUUUUCUUGGAGGGUACUGAGUCCAAAGAUGGUCAUGUAAGAAGGUACUCUACUGGGAACGUUGGUAUUCCAUACAAAAGUGUAAAGAUUCUUUCCGGUUAUCUUGCAGCUUCGGUAGGUUCCUGCCAUGAUUAUUGUAACUAUGAACAAAGGCAUGAUCUUGAAACAAAGACAAGAGUCAAUUCUAUAUUGGAAACAAUAAUGGAAGGGCAAGGUACAGGACAAGACAUUGGGAAGGUUCUAACUUUAGCAGAGAGAAAGAAGAUAUUAGCAGUCAAUUGUGUGUCUUCUCAUGGUUCCAGGAUCCAGAAACCUGAUAUUGCUGUUGUCAGCAAGCAAGAGGUUCCAUCAUCAACUAAGAAAGAAACUGUCUUGUUUAAACAGCUUUCACUGCCUAUCAAGGAAGUGGAUCCAAGGCCAAGGCCUAUGUUACCAACAUCGCCUAGUCUACCGAUAAACGGGCAAUUAAACCAGAAACAAUAUGGUGAAAUCCAAGAAAACAAUGAAAUGGGCACUUCUUUGGUGACUUCACAUGGAGCUUCAAGUGGUAGAGAACAAAGAAAACUUAGAAGUACUAAUAAAAUGAAGAACUCCACAUUGGAUGGGAAAAAGGUUUUGUCAAGAGCAACUGCUUCUUUGCCUGCCUUGCAUUCUCUUAAGAAGGUUUUGACUCGACCAAUGGCUUCAGUUUCUCCCAAACGCUCUGUAAAGAGAGUUUCAAGUAUGGAUACUAAAAUAUUCAAGAGCCUGAAAGGAGUUUCUCAUGUGAAGGAUUGCAGUGUUGUUGGAAAAGCUGAAUCCCAGCGAUCCAGCAAUAAGUCUGUGCCAGAGAAGACGUCGUAUGUGACUGGAUUGAAUGCUGAGAAUAAAGCUGUCAAACUGACUCAGCACAGUGAUUGUUCUCCAUCACAUUCCAUGUUACAUAAGGAUAAAGACUCGAAACAUCAAAAAGCAAUUUCGCAAGUUCGGUUGUCUCUACCUUCUGCAGCGAAGAUUUUAAGACGCACUCGCUCUGGAAUCCAUACCAGUCGAUCACCUAAAUCCCCUGAGAAUGAAAGCUUGAGACUCACUAAAGAGGGAAUUCAUGUUACUGGCUCAUCCACUUCUUUGGCAUCCUCCAAGUCUAACAAUGGUGACAAUGGUGGCAUCUUCUCUGAAGAUCCAGGAACUGACAUCAAUAAUGGAGUAGUAAACGCAAAAGUGGAACUGAGAACUAGGCCUAGAAAUGGUGAAGCAGCUAACACAAAAGAUACAAAUUCCACAACCAGAAAACUAAGUUUUCGGAAACCAAAAGUACCUGAGCUUCACCCUGUUGUUAGUUCUCCAAGGAGGCUGAAACUCAGGCGAAGAGAACUCAUUGAUGGCCAAAUUGGUAAAGUUGGGACUACAGAAAGUACUAUUAGGAACACAAAAACUCAUGUUGAUAAAGGUGAUGCUAAUGUUGGAAAAUCAGAAAGCAAAAAGGUUGCUUUAAAACACCAAGAUGGUAACGAUGGUGGCUGCUUCCCUGAAGAUCUUGAAACUGACAUUGAUAAUAGAGUAGUACAUGCAAAGUUGGAACCCAGGACUAGGCCUAAAAAUGUUGGAGCAGCUAACACAAAAUAUACGGAUUCCUCAACCAGAAAGCUAAGUUUUAGGAAAGCAAAGGUACUUGAGCUUCGCCCUGUUAUUAAUUCUCCAAGGAGGCUCAAAUUCAGGGGAAGAAAACUCAUAGAUUUCCAACUUGGUAACAUUGAGACUACAGAAAGUACCAUUAAGAACACAAAAACUCAUGUUGAUGAAGGUGACGCUAAUCUUGGAAAAUCAGAAAGCAAGAAGGUUGUUUUAAACCACCAAGAUGUAGAAGGAAAGAAAGAAGAGCAGAAUUUGUUGAAUGAAGUGAUUGAAGGGACGGCAGGUAAGCUUGCUGAGAGCAGGAAGAGCAAGGUCAAGGCGUUGGUUAGUGCUUUUGAAACAGUUAUCUCUCGUCAGGAUACCAGUAUCAACAGUUGAUGCACGUUGAGUUACUGAGGUCCGUACUCAUAUUUGAAAAUAGAAUAUAUAUGAAUGCUGUACAUGCUUAUGCAAUUGUGGAAAAGAUAGGGAAAAUUUGAGCUGACAUGAAUGCAAAAUUGCAAGCUCGCAGACAAAAUGAGCUAAGCUUUUGAAGCAAUUUGUUAUGUUUUCUUUGCCGAACUGGUAAAGAGCAUUUGCUUUUUUCAUUUUUAUUUUAGGGAUAUUUAUAAUUUCUUCUCCAAGUAUUGCCAUUAUUUACAAGUUCAUUCCUGAAUUUUGAGAAACUCGUUAAAAUGUCUCUCACUUUUGCUUCCCUUAACCUUGUAGUCUUUCCAUCCAAUUUCAAACAAUUCUGCCCUUAAAAAAUCAGUCAAAAGAUAGACAAACUUUUAGAAGCCAAAAUUACCCCUCUCCUCACAGCCAUCACAGUCCAUCCUCACCUUAAGCUCCACAGUCUGUAAUUGCUUCUUCUUCUUCUUCUUGUGUUUAUGGCCACUGCUUGUUAUCAAAUAAGAUAAAUACUCCAAAGUUCCUCCAACACCCAUCCUUUAUGAUCUAACAAAAAUAUACUUCUCAAACAAGUACAGAAUCAAAAGUUUUAGUGCAAAUUUUAUGAGCUUGACAGAAUCUAACAAAAACCCAGAUAGUAAUUUCAAAGGAAAAAUCAAGGGAUGGAAGAUUGAAUGAAGAGAGGAAGUGGGUUUGUGAAAAGAAGCAAGAAAGGUGAAAAACUUAUAGCAUUAGAAAACAAAUUACAACUGUGAGCAGCUAGAAGUUACCGGGAACUUCCCUGCAAAUAAUAAUGGAUUCUUUUCUUGCCUUCUAACAAACAAAGAAGGAAUUGUAGAAGCUGAGAGAGAAGAAUUCGCCAUAGCUUUAGGAACCCUUCUUGUCCUUAGUCUGAAAGCCAACAACAGAGAAGAAAGAAGAGCUGGUGUAGGAAGAAACAAAAGCAAAAGUAGGUCAGAAGCUGUAGAGGGUAAAACUGGGUUUUAAAAGUUUUCUCGUUCAUUUUUCAUCUGUUUUUACCUGACAAAAAAAAUGAAAGGACCUGAUUGUUAAUAAUUUAAUUAUAUAAGGAUAUUUUAAUACAUUUUCAAAAUUAAAGGAUUGACUUGUUAAUAAUGGCAAAAUUUAGGGAUUAAAUAGCAAGUUUUCCUUAUUUCUAUUUUCUUCUUCUUGUUUUGUAAGCUAAAAACAAAAUUCAAUAGAGAAGUACAUUGAUUGAGUGUACGAA